CAUCACGGGUGUGGGGGGCGUGCUGGCUAAGGGGGCACAUUUGGCUGAUGUUUUUGCGUGUAUGCGUUCAAGACAGCAAGCUUAAAUGCCACAAUGUACGAGGCCUACACUGCUUUCCCAAUCAUCAAGAAGAUGCCAUUGAAGGUUGAGUCCGUAGCUGCGCACGGAGACAAGCUGUAUUUGGGGACGAAGGACGGUCACCUACUUGUUUACACCGUUGUCGUGAAAGAUAGCGCCGACGGUCCGAAGUUCGCUGUCAAUCUGGAUUUUUCCAACAAAGUUUUCGCCAAGAAGCCGAUCACCCAACUUUGCGACAUUCCCGAGCUGAACUUGCUCAUUAGCUUGUCUGACGGCUCCCUGAGUGUGCAUCAUCUCAGCCUCGAGCCUAACACACCACCCAUCGACUGCCCAGCUUUGGCCAAGUGUAAAGGAUGCACAUUGUUUGCUGUCAAUGUACAGGAGAAGACAACGCUUACGGGUGAAGUCAAAAUAACUCUCAUGUUGUGCGCGGCUGUGAAGCGCAAGCUUGAACUGUUUUACUGGAAAAACAAUACCUUCUGCGAGCACCCGCAAGGCCUGUGCGUUCCCGACACUCCGCGAUCUAUUGUGUGGUGUGGUGACGAAUCUCUUCUCGUAGGGUUUAGAUCCGAAUACAAUAUCCUAAAGCUGUGUGGGGAGACGAAACAACUUUUUCCUACAGGAAAGCAACCGGAACCGCUCUGUGUGAAGCUAAAAGAAAAUAGCUUUGCUCUCAGUAGAGAUGACAUGACUAUCUUCGUAAAUCGCGAAGGUCAGCCAACGCACAAGUAUGCAGUUACUUGGUCAGAACCGCCGAUUUCUCUCUGUUAUGACCACCCGUAUCUCUUAAGUGCACAGUCGUUCGGUGUCGAGGUGCGGACAGUGGAACCGCGAGCUCUAAUUCAGAAGGUAAACUUCCUGAAACCGAAACUUCUCCGGCUGUGCAAGAAAGGCCAGCUGUACGUUAUAGCGCCAAGUGGUGCAGUCUGGUGCGUUCUGCGGACUCGCGUGCAGGACCAAAUUCCGCAAGUUCUUAAGGACAAGUGCUUUGAACUGGCUUUGAAGCUAGCUGAUCUGUCCGACCAGACUGAAGAGGAACGCAAUGCAAGCAAGCGCCACAUCCAGAACCUGCAUGCUUUCGACCUUUUCUGUAAGAAAAAAUUUGAAGAGUCCCUGAACAUCUUUAUGGAUCUUGAAACUGAUCCAUCACAUGUCAUAGGCCUUUUCCCAGAUCUUUUGCCUGAGGACUAUCGUAAUUCUAUCUCGUACCCUGAUAAGGCACCGGAUCUCAGAGAUAGUGAUCUGGAGGCUGGUCUUUAUGCACUUGUAGACUACUUGGUUCAUGUCAGAUGCAAAUUGCUUUCAUACAACCAACAGGAGCCGGCUCUUACUGGCAUAGUGCAAGGCAGCAAGACAGUAAAAAGCAAGAAGCAGCUGCUACAGAUUAUUGACACCACAAUGCUCAAGUGCUACCUUGAAACCAACGUGGCAUUAGUAGCCUCGCUGCUACGCCUCCCAGACAACUUCUGUCAUCUGGACGAGUGUGAGCGCGCCCUCAAGAAGCAUCAAAAACUUAGUGAGCUCAUCAUAUUGUACCAGCAGAAGAACCAGCAUGAAAAGGCACUUGAUUUGCUCAUGAGAGAGGCACACAAGGCAGACUCACCCCUGAAAGGCCAUGAAAGGACUGUUGGCUACCUCCAGCACUUGGGCAGAAAGCACAUGGAGCUCAUACUGCGUUACUCAUUAUGGGUGCUUGAAGAGCACCCGGAGGAAGGUCUCAAGAUUUUCGUUGAAGAUCAGCAAGAGAAAGAAGGUGAAGCCUUGCCGCGAGAUAUAGUGCUCGACUUCUUGUCCAAAAAAGCACCACACCUAGUUAUACCUUACCUUAAACACGUCAUCCAUAAAUGGAAUGAUGAUACUGAAAUGUUUCACAACACACUCAUUCACAAAUACAUUGAAUCUGUGCGGUCUUUGCUUUCUCAGCAACAUUCUCUUGUUGGUCCUGGUGAGCCAGGCUCAGUGGGAAAACUGCGUAAAGAAUUGGUACAUUUUUUGGAUGCCUCUGACAGGUACACAGCUGAAAACUUUCCCACACACUUGUUAAGCGAUGGGCUGUUUGAAGAGGCAGCUGUCGUGAUGGGCAAGCUUGGACGACAUAGUGAAGCCCUUGAGGUCUACAUAUAUGUAUUAAGGGACCCAUCCAAGGCAGAGCAGUAUUGUGCAUCACAAUACAGCCGCAAUCCUGAGCGCAAUCGAGACGUAUUCCUUAUACUGCUUCAGAUGUACUUGCAGGCUCCUGAUGAAGGUUCCAGGGUUCUGGAUCUGUGUAGACGUACUGUAGCUAACAUUGCAGGGUUGCCGUCUCCCUUAACAAUUCCCAAAAGCUGUCGUGAACAAAACUUGAAAGGUGCGCUCAAAAUAUUAAUGGAUCACGUGAAAGAAAUUGACCCAUUGCGUGCCCUCCAAAUGAUACCUGGGAAUGUGCAGGUGGAAGACGUUCGAGAUUUUCUCCGAGAGGUGUUAGAUGGUUGCACCAAAGAGCUGCAUGCGGCUGGUCUGCAGAGGUCACUGCUGUUUGCCGAGCACUUGCAGGUCAAAGAGCGUUGCAUACGUGUCAAGUCGCUGAAGAUAACGCUAACGGAGCUUGAUGUUUGCUAUGUGUGUCAAAAGAGGAUAGGAAGCAGUGCCUUUGCCAGGUAUCCAGAUGGUGCAGUAGUUCAUUACUCUUGCCGAGAAGGGUAUGAGUCAAGGUUGGCAUCAUGAGGCACUGCCUUAGUGAUUAGUCAUAGUUGCUCCUAGACCAAGUUUUUAGCAUUCGUCAGUGCCCUGUGCCUACAGUUUCUGUGGGAAGUUAUGCACUAGUAUGUUGUGGUGCUUGUGCGGACUUGUAAAACAUGCACAAGCUUGGGAGUGAAUGUUUCUGUGAUAUUUCAUGCCUUCUCUGUAAUCCUGUGCAAAUGUGCCAGUAUGGGCCUUGCUACAUUUUCAUGCUCUAUGUAAAACUUGUGUAUGGGAACUACAAGGUGCUCAAUGUGAACUUUUGUAGAGGCACAAAAGCUCCUGUAUGUAUUUUAGUUGAUAGCUAAAAUGACAAGUUUGCCAUGGUUAGUUUUGUUUUAUGAGCAGUAGCUAGACUUGACUGAAAUGAAUAAAAUAGAAUUACAUUGUUGUUUUACGAAAAUAGACAUGUGCUCAUUCACUGUCAUUUGUAUUAAGGACUUUCUGAAAAGUGUCUUGCCUAAACAUAGUGCAAUAACAAUCAUGCAGUGAAGAUAACCUUGUUUUAUAGCAGAGAAUCCAAAUAGUUGUAAAGUUUUUGCAUGUUAAUACAGUUGAAAGAAGGAAAUGCUGUGCGAGUGUGACUAACAUAAAAAUUAUGUAUCCUAGCACAGACAUCUGCUUCAUGCCAUUUUCAAGCACCAAGCAGAUGCGUACUCUUCAUGUGAUGACAAAUUAUUUCAACAUGAAGUAAUGUUCAGUGACUUAUUUAGCCUGUUUUGACAUAUGUAUUUUGUUGCAUCAAACAUUUCCAGGAAGUCUGAUUAUGUAAGCUUUUUUUUUUUUUAAUUCAUUUCUCAUACAUUAAAUAGGUGACAGGUGAGAAUGAAAUGUAGAAUAAUUUCAGCCAAUGAUGACAGUGAAAAUAGAAAAUUAAUCCAAUGAUUGCAUAACAUGGACCCUACUCUGUACAGACAGCUUAAAAAGCCAGAUGACCUGUAAUGCCCUGUCAAAGAAUUUUGUUCAUAGUAAAAAAAGUGCUAUGCUUAAAUUUAUAUACCUCUCGCAGCUGCAUAGUUUUGUACACUGUACUUUACAAAGUUAGUUUCAGAAAAAAGAUGGUGUUGCUUGUACUUGUGUUACUUCUGAGGAUGUGAUCCUGGUGCAAUUUAGGUGUUGGAAACCCUUUUUUAUGCUAUUUAUCAAUCCCUCUGGUGUGAACCAGUGGUGCUGCAGUGAAUAGUAAAUGCUUGCAUAGCAUGCACUACCUUGUUAUGUAUGAUAAUGAGCUCAAAUGAUAAUGUAAGGUAGUGGAAAAGGAUAAACAUAAUUAUAUUUAUUUUGUGAGCCUCCAUGGCAUUCCUUAUAGCCUUCUGCCACAGUGUUAAAAUGUGAAGUUGCUUUCAUACAUACAAAACACUUGAGCUAACUGUUCACUGCAAGUGUUCUCUUCUUUGACAUAUGAUGUUGCUAUUGCAGGCUUAAGUACAGAACAUGACAUAUAUUGCAGAGGUUUUCAAAGGAACCUGCUUUUUCUGUUCACUGGAGGGCCAUUUUAUUGCACUCAACUAAACUUGGAAUUUUUCCGCAUGUUACAUUAAAAUGAAUGGGCAUGAAA